CACGCGCUACUUCGCCAAGGAGGAGGACGGAGAUUUCAUCUACCUCGCCCUUGAGCUCUGCGACACGAGCCUAGCCAGCCACGUCGAGGAGCAUAGCAACGCCAACAGCUCUGAUAUCAGCGCGGAGUUCUGCAGAAGGCAAGAGGAGGGAGCUGCGCAGCAAGAGCCUGUUUCGUCUCCCUCCGAGAGCAACGUGAACAAGAGCACUGGAGCACGAGACGUCUGUGUCGGAAGCGCGCAGGGAUGGAUGGAGGUGGAUCGAGCUCAGCAGCUGCUGGCGGAUCUACUUGAUGGAGUCUCCUUCCUCCACAGCAUGGGAAUCGUCCACAGGGACUUGAAGCCAGGGAACGUCUUGCUGACGGCCGCUGGAAGGAUCAAAAUUUCUGACAUGGGCUUCUCAAAGCGCCUGGACAAUGGCCAGUCCUCCUUCGACACGGUUCACGCGGGCACCAUGGGAUGGCGAGCGCCUGAGCUUCUGCUGAAGCAGAGGUGCACCAAGUCUGUUGACAUCUUCGCUGUUGGCUGCAUCUUCUACUACGUCCUCACUCACGGUCAUCACGCGUUUGGCGAGUGGCUUGAACGAGACUCAAACAUCGUGCGAGAUCGAACAAACCUUUCGUUGCUAGAUCACUGGCCGGAAGCUCAGGACUUGAUCGCUGAGCUCAUUCGUCAUGACUCGUCCAAGAGACCGACGGCAGCGGAGGCGAGGAAGCAUCCCUUCUUUUGGAGCAAAGCAACAUGUCUCCGCUUUCUGCUUGAUUGCUCGGACCGUGUGGAGAACGAGGAUGCGUCUUCCUUGUUGGUAACGGCCAUGGAGAGAAGAGCGCAGAUGGUGAGGAACAAAGAUGAUUACUCCUUCACAAGACGCUUCCCCUGCUCUGACCCUGCUGGCAGGAGGAGGAAGUACAACUACAACUCCCUUAGAGAUCUCCUGCGGGCGAUCAGAAACAAGAAAAAUCACUUCAGGCACGCCCUCCUCCCUCCCCUCUUCUCCAUCUUCCUCCUCUCUCUGGACAUGCUCUCGCUCCUUCUGCCGCAGGCCGUGCAGGACAUGCUGGGAGGAGUGCCGGACGGGUACAUGCUCUACUUCAAGACCAAGUUCCCCCGCAUCAUUCUUGAGAUGUACUUGUUCGCGCUUGAGACGGGUGAGGCAGCUGAGGGAGAGGUGAGGAGGUUGAUGAGUAUGUGCAGAGCUGACGAGGAACGAGGCUGUGUUUUCUGCCUACUUGUCUCCAUGAGCGUUUUUCCCUGUUUGAACGUCUGA